CCUCCCUUUAAUGUCACUUGUCCAGAAAUGUUCAAAGAAGUAUUAUUAAUGUAAAAAAGUUCGAUGAACUGAUUCUGGAAAAGAGUAAAAAAUUGAAUGAAGAUUAUCGAUGAAAUAUGAGUAAUUAUGAUCAGGUACAGGUUAAACCUGUAUUAUUUAACAUCACUGUUCCGUUUGUUGUUGGGGUAGUCAGCAUCCUACCAUCCUUCGCUACUAUAUUCGCAGUUGUCUGGUCCGUUUCAUUUAACUUUGAAGCAUCCACUAGAAGCCAUUGUCAGGCAUACAACUUCCUACCAUCUGUCAGUGCAGCGAUUGGUGACUUUGCUCCACAGAAAUAUGUAUGGAGAAUUUGUAUAGCGCUACAUUGUGGACCAAGGUUUAUUUUAGCUGUGUUGUAUUACGGGUAUCAUACAUCAAUUAAUACAGGAAGAUAUUACGAAGUUUAUAAAACUUUAGCAGCCACAUGUACAUUGCUCUUUUCAGUUGAGAUCUGUUCACUUGUUGGCUUAAGCUAUGUGUCAUCCUCAGAUAAUUUUAAUAUCCACAAACUGUGUUUUUGUAUAUUUAUGUUUUGUGUUGAAUGUUAUAUGAUACUGACAUGUUAUUUGAUGUAUAAAGUUAGAACCAGUAAUGGUAGAAAACUUACAUCUAUCGAAAAGCAAUCUCUAGGUUAUAAGAAGAAGUUAUGUGUGAUUAACAUAGGAUCAUUUUUAUUAGCCUUAUAUUUUUAUUACAGUCACACAUACUAUUGUGGAGAUCGAACCUACAGUUACUUUGCUCUCUGUGAAUAUAUUGUGAUAUUUUCUAACAUUGGAUUCCAUACCACGGCAAUGCUGGACUUUAAAUCUAUGGCCUUGGUUGUCCAGGAACCUACCACUCAUCACCAGUCUAUAGAUUAUAUAUUAUGACAGCAAGAUAAAAAAAAAUCGAUUGCAUAUAGACGUAUAUACAUAUAAAUAUUAUUCAUUUUAUAUUUUUACCUAUUGGGGAUAUAUACUUAUACACGUUUUAAAAUUAAAUUUAUUUUGGUGAAAUUAUUCUGUUAACAACACAAUAAAAUAUAUUUUACAGCAUAGUCAAUGCCACCGCUCGUUUCGUCGUGCAUCAAUGUCUAGCGUAUCACAAUGACACGAUACCUAUUCUCAAGGAGCUACACUUGCUCAGAAUUGAGAGGGGCAUUAACUUUAAACUUCAAUAUGUUGUUUUUAAACCUAUCCGCCACAAUGAGUCUGCACCGCACUAUCUCAAAGAGCUAAUUUAAAUUGAUGUACCAGCACAUAAUGUCAGAAGUGCUGUCUCAGUCCAACUGUGCCACUCCACUCUCCAACUAAAGCUGACAGUGCUUUUAAUGUAUAUGCAUCUAUUUUAUGGAACAGACUUCCCAUUAACUUGAGGGCCAUAGAUAUUACUUCUUUUAAAUCUGAACUUCUUUUAAACACAACUUUGUAAGAAAAGCAUAUCUUAAAUAUGAACAAUUGUAAUUUUUAUUUUUUAUUUUAUUUUUUAUCAUUGUCAUUCAUUUUAACCUAUUUUUACCUAUGUUAUGUAAAACGUUUUGAGAUUAUAUCAAAAAUAAAUUAUUAUUAUAAGUCAUCUUUGGCCAUAGUCUACAGAGAGAGAGAGAUUUUAACUCCACUUGACACAAAUAAAAAAAGCCACCCUCCAACCUCGUGGGUUUUCUCUGGGUCCUUCGGUUUCCUCCCAAUGCUAAAGACCACUAUGCGCAAGCGAAUU